AUGCUCGAUUUCUCGACAAAACUUGUCUAUGAUGUCUAUUUGAGGAACCGAUCAACUAGGCUCAACUUGUUCAAGCUAAUCAGCGCCAAAUUCAACUUUCGACAGGACAUGAUGAGUGAAAUAUCGAAAGCUUUUGUCAAAAAGUAUAAUGGCGUUUGGACGUGUUUAGCAGGUCCUAAUCUCGUUUACGGGACAUAUCCGAGACCGCAAAACUUCAUUCAAUUCGACAUUAAAGAGGACUUUGGAUGCUUUUGCCGAAUAAUUAUCUUUCAAAAUGGUCAAGAAGUUCAGAAAUUGCGAUUCAGCGUCGAAUUCAAAUUUCACGAACAGGACAUGAUGAGUGAAAUAUCGAAAGCUUUUGUCAAAAAGUAUAAUGGCGUUUGGACGUGUUUAGCAGGCCCUAAGAUCGUUUACGGGAAGUAUCCGAGACCGCAAAACUUCAUUCAAUUCGACAUUAAAGAGGACUUUGGAUGCUUUUGCCGAAUAAUUAUCUUUCAAAAUGGUCAAGAAGUUCAGAAAUUG